AUGAAUUGGCGCUCAGAACGUAUAUGGAUAGAACUUAUAACGGGAUCUCGAAAAAUAAGUAAUUUCUCUUGGGCCUUUAUCCUUUUUUUAGGUUCAUUAGGAUUCGUAUUGGUUGGAAUUUCCAGCUAUCUUGGUAGGAAUUUGCUAUCUUUAUUUCCCACCCAGCAAAUUCUUUUUUUUCCACAAGGAAUUGUGAUGUCUUUCUAUGGGAUCGCGGGCCUCUUUAUUAGCUCUUAUUUGUGGUGUACAAUUUCGUGGAAUGUAGGUAGUGGUUAUGAUCUUUUCGAUAAAAAAGAAGGAAUAGUAUGUAUUUUUCGUUGGGGAUUCCCUGGAAAAAAUCGUCGCAUCCUUUUCCGAUAUCUUAUAAAGGAUAUCCAAUCUAUUAGAAUAGAACUUAAAGAGGGUAUUUCUACUCGUCGUGUUCUUUAUCUGGAAAUUAGAGGCCAGGGAGCCAUUCCUUUGACGCGUACUGAUGAAAAUAUGACUCCACGAGAAAUUGAACAAAAAGCUGCUGAAUUGGCCUCUUUUUUGCGUGUACCAAUUGAAGUCAUGCAAACUAUAAAUACCUUUUCUUGGAUAAAAGAACAGAUUACUCGAUCCAUUUGCAUAUCGCUCGUGUUAUAUAUAAUAACUCGAUCCUCCAUUUCGAAUGCAUAUCCCAUUUUCGCACAGCAAGGUUAUGAAAAUCCACGAGAAGCAACUGGACGUAUUGUAUGUGCCAAUUGCCAUUUAGCUAAUAAGCCCGUGGAUAUUGAAGUUCCACAAGCGGUCCUUCCAGAUACUGUAUUUGAAGCGGUUGUUCGAAUUCCUUAUGAUAUGCAAUUAAAACAAGUUCUUGCUAACGGCAAAAAGGGGGGGUUGAAUGUGGGGGCUGUUCUUAUUUUACCUGAGGGAUUUGAAUUAGCCCCACCCAAUCGUAUUUCUCCAGAGAUGAAAGAAAAGAUAGGCAAUCUUUCUUUUCAGAGCUAUCGCCCCAAUAAACAAAAUAUUCUUGUAAUAGGUCCCGUUCCUGGGAAAAAAUAUAGUGAAAUUACCUUUCCUAUUCUUUCCCCGGAUCCUGCCACUAAGAAAGAUGUUCACUUCUUAAAAUAUCCCAUAUAUGUAGGUGGUAACAGAGGAAGGGGCCAGAUUUAUCCUGACGGAAGCAAGAGUAAUAAUACAGUUUAUAAUGCCACAGCAGCAGGUAUAGUAAAGAAAAUUGUACGAAAAGAAAAGGGCGGAUACGAAAUAAGCAUAGCGGAUGCCUCGGAUGGACGUGAAGUGGUUGAUAUUAUCCCUCCAGGACCAGAGCUUCUUGUUUCAGAGGGUGAAUCUAUCAAACUUGAUCAACCAUUAACAAGUAAUCCUAAUGUGGGUGGAUUUGGUCAGGGAGACGCCGAAAUAGUACUUCAAGACCCACUGCGCGUACAAGGUCUUUUGUUCUUCUUUGCAUCUGUUAUUUUGGCACAAAUCUUUUUGGUUCUUAAAAAGAAACAGUUCGAGAAGGUUCAAUUGUCCGAAAUGAAUUUCUAGAUUCGUGGAUUUAUCAAUAUCAAACUUGUAACAAGAACAAAAUUAACAAUUAUUUGACAAUAUUGGACGAUCAAUAAAUAAAAAAAUUAUGAGAAGGUUCUUUUUGUUUGUUUAUACUUUUCUUCUACAUCUACCAGAAGUUUGG